UAGGGUUUCAAUCUCAUCCUCGUCUUUAUCCUUUUCCAUCUCCUUGUCGUCGGGUAUCUUCUUCGAUUCGAUCCGAUUGAGCGGCCGACAUGGAGAAGAAGAUCACCCUCAGGAGCUCCGACGGCGAGGUGUUCGAGGUGGAUGUGGCGGUGGCGAUGGAGUCGCAGACCAUCAAGCACAUGAUCGAGGACGACUGCGCCGAGAACGGGAUUCCCCUCCCCAAUGUCAACGCCAAGAUCCUCGCCAAGGUCAUCGAGUACUGCAGGAAGCACGUCGAUGCCGCCGCUUCCAAGUCCUCCGACGACGCUUCCAAGGUUGAUGAGGAGCUCAAGCCCUGGGACGCCGAGUUCGUCAAGGUCGAUCAGGCCACCCUAUUCGACCUCAUUCUGGCUGCAAAUUAUCUGAACAUAAAGGGGCUACUUGACUUGACUUGUCAAACUGUCGCCGACAUGAUAAAGGGGAAGACUCCUGAAGAAAUCCGCAAGACCUUCAACAUAAAAAAUGACUUCACCCCCGAGGAGGAAGACGAGGUGCGGAGGGAGAACCAGUGGGCCUUCGAGUGAUCCGAGUUGAGUGUCUCCUCUCCUGUCCAUUAAAGCUUCCUUUUAACGUCUCUCAUAUUAUGAUUGCUAGUAGUGGUAUUGUGGAUUCUACAUGCAGUGUUUCCGGUCCGUAAGUUGGCUUAAGAAGUCCCAAUAUGAAAGUGUCAAAGGGCUCCAGGAUGGUGACUUCGGUGUUCACUUUGGCUCUGUAAUGUUAUGACCCUCUUUAGUGCUACCAGUUGUAUGCAUCAUCUGACUCUGAUAUGGGAAGACUUCCUCCUGUUUGGUUUUGA